GAUAGCGCCUGUGACAAGAACGAUAAUAUAGCACAAGACAAGGCCAUAAUUCUGAACUGUCAAAAGCUCAAGAAAAGGGCAUCCGUCUGAGCUGAAAUUUUUUGUGGUAUUAUAAUGGCUCUGAGAUCUAUCUAUGAAUAAAGUUUCAGGUACAUAUAUCGUAACCCAGUUAUCCAUCAAUACCUAACCCAAAGGCCGAAAACAUCAGUAAAAUGGCAAUAACUCUUGCUCAGUAGCUCAUGAGCACUUAUUCUGUUGGAAUUUUCUUAGUCCCACCAAGUCCUACUUAUGGACAAAAUGUCACCUCAAAAGCGGGUGCAUCAGUUGGGAUACCUCCCUUCUCAGUUCACUUACUGAUUGAACUACUAUCUUCAAUAAUGAAUAAGUAAAUGUUCUGUUUGUUCGACUUUUAGAACAAAAUUAGUUAUGUAUUCCAGUGGCAACUAGAUAAUAUUUGUUACAUUCUGAUACAUCUGUCUUCAAAAUUGUAUUGCUCAAAGGUCGUACAGCACAAAUAGUAAAACUUCACCUACUUACAUUUAAGUCACGUCUGCUCGAAAAUAAAAAAUAUUUCGAUUUUCAAUUCAAACAUCAGCAUAAUGGAUGAAAAACCGGCGUACCUAGAGCGAACGCGAAACAAGCUAGAACAUGCGAAGAACGUUCAAGAGAAGUUCGAAAUGAGACUAUGUAGCCAAGAUUUUGUUAUUUAUCCGAAUGUUUUCAACCCAAACAUAUUCUUCGGUACAGAAUUUCUUGGAGAAGAAGUAAUUAAACUAGUCUUGGAAUUUCAAAUGAGACAACCGAAAGUUCUUGAAAUUGGAACUGGCGCUGGCUACAUGGCUAUACUAGCUGUUCUGAAUGGUGCAUCUCACGCCACAGUGGAAGAACUAGAAAUAUUAGAACGAGCACUAAUGGAUUCAUUUUAUAAAUCGCUUGAUCAAUAUCUAAAGAGUGCAAAUCAGUAUUUGAAUCCAGAUGGAGGACGAUUAUUUAUUGGUUUUUCAAUUACGGCUGGUUAUAAACAGAUUUCAGACGAUAUUGCAAAAAAUGACAACUGA